GCUGUGGCUAAACGAGUCCUCUGUCCCCCAGAGUCCACCGUGGAAAAACCCGAGUCCGGUUCCCCCGAAUCCGGCUCCAGUUCCUCCGAGUCUGGCUCCAGUUCCUCCGAGUGCGGCUCUGGUUCCCCCGAGUCCGGUUCCAGUUCCUCCGAGUCUGGCUCCAGUUCCUCCGAGUCUGGCUCCGGUUCCCCUGAGUCUGGCUCCGGUUCCCCCGAGUCUGGCUCCGGUUCCCCUGAGUCUGGCUCCGGUUCCCCUGAGUCUGGCUCCGGUUCCCCUGAGUCUGGCUCCAGUUCCCCUGAGUCCGGCUCCGGUUCCUCCGAAUCCGGCUCCGGUUCCCCCGAAUCCGGCUCCAGUUCCCCCGAGUCCGGCUCCAGUUCCCCCGAGUCCGGCUCCAGUUCCCCCGAGUCUGGCUCCGGUUCCCCCGAGUCCGGCUGCGGUUCCCCCGAGUCCGGCUCCAGUUCCCCUGAGUCUGGCUCCAGUUCCCCCGAGUCUGGCUCCGGUUCCCCCGAGUCCGGCUGCGGUUCCUCCGAGUCCGGCCCGAGUCUGGCUCCGGUUCCCCCGAGUCUGGCUCCAGUUCCCCCGAGUCUGGCUUCGGUUCCCCCGAGUCCGGCUCCGGUUCCUCCGAGUCCGGCUCCGGUUCCCCUGAGUCCGGCUCCGGUUCCCCUGAGUCUGGCUCCGGUUCCCCUGAGUCUGGCUCCGGUUCCCCUGAGUCUGGCUCCGGUUCCCCUGAGUCUGGCUCCAGUUCCCCUGAGUCCGGCUCCAGCUCCCCUGAGUCCGGCUCCGGUUCCCCCGGGUCUGGCUUCAGUUCCCUCGAGUCCGGCUCCGGUACCUCCGAGUCCGGCUCCAGUUCCCCUGAGUCCGGCUCCGGUUCCCCUGAGUCCGGCUCCAGUUCCCCCGAGUCCGGCUCCGGUUCCCCUGAGUCCGGCUCCGGUACCUCCGAGUCCGGCUCCGGUUCCCCGAGUCCGGCUCCGGUACCUCCGAGUCCGGCUCCGGUACCUCCGAGUCUGGCUCCGGUUCCCCCGAGUCCGGCUCCGGUUCCCCUGAGUCCGGCUCCGGUUCCCCUGAGUCCGGCUCCGGUUCCCCCGAGUCUGGCUUCGGUUCCCCCGAGUCCGGCUCUGGUUCCCCCGAGUCCGGCU